CGCGCUUUUACCACCUAUGAAGUAAAUUCGCGCUUUACUGGUAAAAUUCGCAAGAAUCCGCCAUUGGAUGAUUUUUCAAAUCUCCUGAAUGAGUUCCCCCCUAAUUCUCUUAAUUUAACUCAUCAAACAAAUGGCUGGUAAGCCCAACUUUGCACUCAAAAGUGGGAAGCAAACUGUAUUUGCAAAUGAGUAUGUUGUCUCUAGUUGAGCUUAGUUUGUGCAAGGAAACGACUCGCCCUUAUAUUUAUGCGCCAUGCGCACACCAUUCAGUGUGGUGCUACUCACAACCUCCCGCUAUAUUUCUACUCUUUCAACGGCUCAUCUGAAUUUCAACAUUAACUCUCACAUUCAUAAUGGAAAUCUAAAAUAUGCUCGCCAACUGUUCGAUCACAAUUCCACAUCCCAAAACGUCGUCUCGUGGAAUUCCAUGGUCGCAGGAUACAUAAAACAUGACCAAAUGAAAGAUGCUCGAGACCUGUUCGAUCAAAUGCCCGUGAGAGAUGCCGUUUCAUGGAACACGGUAUUGUCGGGUUUGCUAAAGAUCAGGGACACCAAAGGAGUCUAUCAUUGUUUCCUACAAAUGAGAAGGGAUGGUUUGACACCCAACGAAUUCACCUUUCCUGUUGUUAUUAGUGCAGUUUUGCACACUGCAUUUAACGCUUUGAUUCCACAGUUUCAUGGUCUUAUAUUUUGUUUGGCGCUAAAUUCAAGCGUGUUUGUUGGGUCGGCAUUGAUUAGAGGUUACACUGAUUUGAGAGAUCGCCAAGGUUUGUGUCAAGUGUUUGAUGAGAUUUUAGCAAAAGAUGUGACUUCAUGGAAUGCAUUGAUUUUGGGUUAUAUGGAGUUGGGUUUAACUGUUGAGGCUCAGAAAGCGUUUGAUAAGAUGCCUGAGAAGAAUAUUGUUUCUUGGACUACCUUGGUUCAUGGGUAUAUUACCAAAAAGAAGAUUUAUAAAGCUUGGUCCCUUUUUAACAAAAUGAGUGAAAGGAAUGUGGUUUUGUGGACUGCCAUGAUAAGUGGUUAUGUGCAAAAUGAGAAGUUCAAGGAUGGUUUGGGAGUAUACUUUUCGAUGCUCAAAUCAGGGUCUCGGCCUAAUCAUUUUACGUUUUCAAGUGUGCUAGAUGCUUGUGCGGGUUGCUCUUCUCUUCUCGUGGGCAUUCAAGUUCACUCGACCAUCCUGAAGUCCGGUAUGCCUCUUGACGUGAUCUUGUCAACCUCCCUGGUCGAUAUGUAUGCCAAGUGCGGGGACAUUGAGGCGGCUUUCUGCAUUUUUGAUUCCAUACCGAAGAAGAACUUGGUGUCUUGGAAUUCGAUCAUUGGUGGUUACGCGAGGCAUGGCCUUGCAACAAGAGCAUUGGAGGAGUUCGAGAGGAUGACAAAGGGUGGAACUAGACCGGAUCAAAUUACAUUUGUUAAUGUUUUAUCGGCAUGUGGGCGUGGAGGACUGGUUGAGGAUGGUGAGAGGUACUUCAAUUCUAUGGGAACGAAGUAUGGGAUCGAAGCAGGGAUGGAGCAUUACGCUUGCAUGGUGGAUUUAUAUGGGAGAGCAGGACAGUUAGAGAAAGCAGAGAAACUGAUCAAAGGGAUGCCUUUUGAACCUGAUGUAGUUGUGUGGGGUGCAUUGCUUGGGGCCUGCGUCUUGCAUUCGAGUUUGGAAAUUGGUGAGUUUGCAGCAGAAGGAAUUUACAAUCUGGAAAAAAGUCAUCCGGCCGUGUAUACCAUGCUGUCAAAGAUACACGGUGAAAAGGGAGCGUGGGGCAGUGUAAUUGAGUUGAAAAAUAUGGUGAAAGAAAUGCGUGCUAAGAAGCAGAAAGCUGGUAGUUGGAUUGAGUCUACUUUUGUGAAUGAUGGAAAGACAUCAUUGGGCACUACCUAUUGGCCUAGUUAGCAGAGCGCCUAACUCCCCUCACAAGUAUGCCUGCGUUCGAGUCCCCCUCACAAGCUCUAGUUGUCUUUUUUGGUGUAUAAUGAAACAGAGUAGCAUACUUUUAAGGCAUUCUUUUUUGGUUGGCAAAGUUAAAAUGUCAAAACUGCAGUAGCACUUAACUUUCUAUACACAUCAAACAUGUUUAUAAUUAGAUAAAUGGUUUGUAUCCAUACAUGAGAAACCUAAGAACCUGCAAGCAGAAUCGAAAUAUAAGGAGAAUUUUUUUAGCCAGCCUUGAUGGGGAGACAUAACAUAUAUGGCAUGAUUACUACUAUCUCAAAGGGAGGUCC